AUGACGCGCCCCUCCCUCCGAUCCGAUCUCUGGAUCGGGGCCCGAACGGCUACGACCCCGCCGUUGCCCGACGCCGUCACCAGACCCUGCCGCUGCCCGGAGCCUCCCACGCCGGACUGCCUCCCCAUCGCCGUCGUCCCCGUCGACCUCCUCAACCCCCACUGCCCUGUGCCCUGCAACCCCUUCCCCGCCUGCCGCGCGUCGUCUUCGUCCGCCCAUGCCCAGUGCCUACACCCGUGCUCGCCAUCGCCACGCCUAACCCGCACGCAGUCUCACGCGGUCCCACUGCUCGCAAGCCCCUCCCCGCUGCUACCUUGCCGUUGCUCGCGCUCCGCACCGCCCCGGUUGCUGCCGCGCGCGUGCCCGAUUCCUCGUCGCCUCGCUCUCGCCCUGCCGCCGGUGCUCGCCUCGUUUGUUGCCGCUUCCUACAGCCGUAGCUCUGCUGCCCUCCUCGUCGUGGCCUCGCCAUUGCCCAGGAUCGCCGACCCGCCGCCCUUCGCCCGCGUCGUCCGCGGCCGGCUCGUCAUGGCCGCGCUCCGGCGGGCCACUCGCCCGCGCCCCGAUUUUGCCCGUUCGGGCGUGGUGCCCGCCAGCGCCCGCGUGCUCACGGGUCUUCGCCCGCUGCCCGCCAGCGCCCAUGCCCGUUAG